CAACCAGCGAUUACGAUGCCAGCCCUGCUUUUGCCGUCGCUCCAGACUGCACCCAAGACCUUUGCGCUCCCGACCUUGGCCUACGUCCCGGCGCCCGCCGUCGUCACACCAAACACUGCCACCGUCCUCGGCUGGGACGACUUCCUGUGUCCGUCCACAUGGCUGCACCAGACGCACGCGAUCCAUCCCAACCAGCUCACGCACCCGGCGCUUCAGCUCCACCUCGCGAAUCUCGAUGUAGCGAUCGUGUCGCUGCUCACGCAGGCGGAGACACUUGGCCCCGUCUUUGUCGUUGCCAAGGACGUCCAUGCGACGCACGCGCUGUGCGUGGCGUUCUUCCCGCAGACGCUCGCGCUGCUCUCGUCGUCGUCCGUGUGCGUCGUGUCGGCAUCGACCACAAUCCUCGACGACAUCUGUGCGGCCGUGCUCCACGUCUCAACGAGCGUGUUUGCACCGGCCAAGUCGCUCAUCGUCGCUGGCCAUGCAUCCUGGCGCCAAACUUGCGCAAGCCUGUGCGCGCCGGUUCUGAGAAAAGUGAUUGCGAGCGGCCAUACAACGCCGUCGGUCGACGAAGCCCACGAGAGCGUCCAGCGACUGAGUCGCGGCCUCUUGCAGGUCGUGGCCGCACACACGACCGCACUCGACAUGACGCUGUAGACGCGCCUUGGCUUGCUUUGUAUACUAUGCAUAGAUUUGUGAAUAAUUUAUACGACUAGUCGAUUUGAA